ACUGACAUGCGGCCGUCCUUAUAAUGAAGAUUACAAUAAUACCCUCAAAUUAUAACAUUAUGGUAACGGCUUUUCCUACCUAUUUUGGGUCAUAAUAUGAUCUACAAGUAAUGGACUACCGCAUGCACAAUGGUUGCCCCAUUGAAAAAUGUACCCCAUCUCUCACACGCAGCCCUCACAUUCCCCUUCGCUCACUGGGCCGGCUUAGCUACUCGUGCUUUGCUACUGUAUUUCCUUUUUGUCUUCAACCCUCUCUCCCCCAACCCCUUCUUCCCACUCCCCAUUUCCUCAAAUCUCCCAAUUCUCUCAGUCUCUGCACUAUACAAUCUGCGCCCUCGAUUGUGCACCUCUCUCUCCACUCUGCAUUUCCACACUUACCACUCCUUUGAUGGGUCCUUUGGGACUUCCUGUCCUUAGACCCCCUCUUAGCCAACCAUUUACCACCAAUCCACGACCCCCAAGGCAAAUAUCCACUCUCGAGAGUAGAUAAAUGCUUAUCCCCGACCCGUGGAUGGUUAGAUACAUUGUAAACAAACUCCUCCCUCCUCCCCCUCCUCCUUCUCCUUCUCCUCUCCUCCCUCUCUGCUCUGCCGGUGUUCCUCCUUCGCCCCCACCUCCCAUGUCCUUAGCUUUCGACUUCUGACACUUCCAUUAUAUUUCCCCGCCUCGAAGGGUGGAAGGGAAAGAGAUUUCACCGCAUCAUCCAGGCCUCCAGUGCUACGGUAGAUUACAGAACAGACAAACAACCACAUUCCAAAAAAAAAAAAAGGAAUGCACAAUCACACGCACAGCGUGUGUGCAUACACACACUCCCUUCUCUCUAGAACACCCCAACUCAUGUCUCGGCUUCGAGUGAAACCGAGCGAUUCUCCACUCCGGCAGUGGCGGAGUGACGGAGAAGGACAGGAUAAGAUCUAAGUUAGAACGGUUAAUAUAAAAAAAGUGAGACAAAAUGGUGAGCGCUGGUUAGGGCAGGCCCGGCAGAGUAGCAAGGGAAGGAGGAGGAGAGGCGAACGGGGGAAACGCGGGAAAUUCGGGCAAGACUUCUCUCCCCCUCCCUCACGACUCCCCUCCCAUCCUGACCUAUAACAUCAUCUUCCUCCCCUCCUCUUUACUACUCUUCCACUUUUAUCCUCCCUGUCUAUUUUCUCCCCCAUUAGCCCCGCCUCUCCUCAUUUCCCUUGCUUCCUUUCCCUCCUCCCACAUCCAUCGGAGCUCCAUCCACCUUGAAUCCCUCUCUUGCUGUUUAUCGUUUUUUUCCAGACUACCCCCAGUUUUCACGAUCCUUCUAGGAUUUAGUACCAUCAUUGAAGCCUCAUCUAACCUCCAUUUCCCUACCAAACCUGCAACGUAUAAUGCCGCCCAUCAGAGUAGCCAUCAUUGUGUAAAUUGUCCCUCCUUCUAGAUAUUCAGCCCCACAUUGGUCUAAGUUUCUGAGCAUGAGCAAUUCCCCCUUCCUUUCGCCCCAAAAGAAGAAAGGUAAAAGCACCAUGCUAACGACCAUUCCAUCAAUCUAUCGUCAUAAGCAGUUUUGACAACGUCGAACUCCUCGAUUUUGCUGGGCCCAUGGAGGUCUUCACGAUUGCUGCCCAACCGCCCUUCCCGCAAGGCGCGCCGUAUCGGGUUCCCCCACCGGGAUCUGAAAGAAUGGCCUUUGAUGUAGCCAUCCUGUCAGAAACCCAGACCAUCAGGACUUCUCACGGUAGAGGCUGUGCCAUCACGAGGGAUAUUGACCUCUUUUCCCCGGAAGGCCAGGACGACAAAUGGGAUGUCGUCGUCAUCCCCGGGGGUGUGGGUACUGGGCAGCAGAUGGAGAACCUCUUUCUCCAGGACUGGAUCUCCAGAUUCGCGAGAAGCCAUCAUGGGAGGCGCAAGACGAUAUUGUCUGUUUGCACAGGCACCCUACUUCUUGCCAAGGCCGCCAUAUUGGACGGUAUGAGGGUGACCACGCAUUAUAGUGCCCGGGAGACGCUUCAGAGCAUCAUCGAGGAGGGCGGCGGUACGGCGGAUGUUGUAGAGGAUAGGGUCGUAGCCGAAGUUCUCAGAGGGAGCGGGGGUAUGGAUCUAGGAGUCGAUGUGGUUACGAGUGGAGGGGUUAGCAGUGGGAUCGACGGUGCUUUGUAUGUUGUCAAGAAACUUGUUGGAGUGGAUGUUGCGAGAGGGGCGGCUAAGUGGAUCGAAUAUAACUGGGAUGAUUCCCAUUGAGGCCCGGGGGUGUGGCGAGCAAUGGGGUGGUAUCAUACGAUCAUAUUUUGAAGCGGGGAGAAGGGGGAGGGGGUUGUGGGAAUACAAACAAAGUUCUCUGG